AUGGAUUCAAGCUUCCCCUUUGAAACCCCAAACGGAUAUCCACCGGCGUCUCCCUCGAUGGGCCUUGUUCGCCCACAACCGGAGGCAGAAGGGGAAGAAAAUACCAGUCAAGUCGGGAGCAAAACCCAUCAUACAUCUGAAUCCUUUCCAGAACAAGGAAUGUGGCUAAGUGAUGUGCCACUCAACCACAACUGCGCCGCAAGCCAGUUUGACGCAGUUGAACCCGCGGUCCACGGUUUUAUGGACCCAGACCUUCGACAGCCUCGUCAUUCAUUUCACACUUGCUACAAUAAUGGAGCCUCUCAAAGCCACAAUUCUUUGAAUUCAUUUUCGCCAAAGGAGGGAGGCGCGACUGACUGGAAUGUGUCGUCGGAUGACGGGAGUGAGUCAUUCACAUCGAUCUCCUUGCCCGCUGCCGCCAUGGACGGGUACUUCACUACACCAGCCUCCCAUGACAUCAUGUUUCCGCAAUCUCCUCGCGUGCAGAGCUAUGCAGCAGGCAUGACAGAGCCAUCCCCUCGAAUAGUGACCACGCUCCAGGAUAUCACCAAGUCUCCUCCAAUCGCUGCUAUCUAUAGUACCCCUACUCCGAGCAAAUACCUCAUUAAAUGCUCCGCAGCCCGCUGUUGCAAAACGUACAAUCGUCCCUACGACUUCUACCGUCAUCACAAUGGAGCGCAUGCGGAAGAAUGUAUGAAGACCAUGCAUUGGUGUCCUGUAAAAGGCUGUCCUCGCAGCCAAGCUCAUGGUAAUCACCCGUUUCCGAGGCGCGACAAGGUAAAGGAUCACUUGCGUCAGGGCCAUGGUAUCUUUUUAGACGUUGCUUCCUGUCCUGGUACUGGACCUUGGGCAGUUCACGUUGGCUAA